AUGCAGGAUGGUCGGGACUGGAGUCCAAGACCAUUUCGUUUUUUGAAUGUUUGGAUUUUGCAUCAGCAGUUUCAAUUAGUGGUGAAGAAGUCCUGGGAGGAGGUUGGUGUAUCAGGUUGGGCUAGUUUUGUGAUCCAAGCUAAAAUCAGGAACCUUAGGUUGGCCUUAAAAAGAUGGAAUGUAGAGGUUUUUGGAAAUGUCCAUCUUGCUCUCAAGACAACAAAGGAGAAGCUUCAUAGUCUUGACUUGCUAGCCGAAUCCAGGGACCUUGAUGACUCUGAGGUUGGCUGUAGGAGAGACCUUAGAAAGGAGGUGUGGGCCUUAAAUAAGAAGAUUGAAUGGAUAUGGCUACAAAAAAUCCAGAUUGGACUGGUAUUCUCUAAAUAUUGGUCAAGUAGGCCAAAGUUGUUAGGGCAUUUUAACUCUAUUGGUCAUGAUGCGGCUGUUGAUGGUCUUGAAGUAGAGUUUUCUGAAGAGGAAGUGUGGAUUUUUAAAGUUGAUGUUCUACAAUUUUUUAAGGAAUUCUAUGACAAUGGGAAGUUGGCUGGUGGGGUUAAUAGCUCUAUCAUUACACUGAUUCCAAAAGUUGAUGGCCCAGCUACUAUUUCAGAUUAUAGGCCAAUUAGCUUGAUAGGAUCUUUACACAAAAUCCUUGCUAAAGUCUUGACAAGUAGGCUGAAGCUAGUGGUUCCUAGAGUGAUUGGAGAGGCUCAAUCUGUUUUCCUUGGGGGUAGAAACAUUAUGGAUGGGGUUUUAAUUGCAAAUGAAGUUGUUGAUUGA